AUGUCCAGCAGGUAUCACAAAGCAGCAGCCGAUGGCAAUUUGGACCUCUUGAAAGAAGCCACUAGGAAAGACCUUAAUACUUCAGAUGAAGAUGGGAUGACGCCCACCCUUCUGGCAGCAUACCAUGGCUAUCUGGAAGCUCUGGAAGUCAUCUGUCGGAGGGGAGGUGAUCCGGACAAAUGUGACAUCUGGGGGAACACUCCUCUCCACCACGCCGCUUGCAAUGGUCAUAUCCAUUGCGUUUCUUUUUUGAUCAACUUCGGUGCCAAUAUAUUUGCUCUGGACAAUGACCUCCGCACUCCCCUGGAGGUGGCUGCCAGCAGAGACCGCAAUGAAUGUGUCCAAAUCCUGGACAAAGCCGCCACCGAGCAGAACAUGUUGAACCCAAAGAAGGUCUCCAAACUCAAAGCACAGGCCCAGAAGAAUGUGGAGAAACAAAUCAAGGAAUGCGAGAAGCGCCAAGAGAAACACCAGCAUGAAAUGAACCGGAAUUAUAUGAAAGAAAAGGUUGACACAGUAAAUUCUUCCCGAGGGACACACUCCCGAGUAAAGUUGCCUAGUCUCUUUGCUUCAAAUACAACAAGUCCUUUCACCAAAAAUCUGAAAGAUACUUUCAAACUGAGGGCAAAAAAGGCAGCUGACAGCACAAGAAGCCAGGAAACACAAAGCAAUGACCAAGAGAAUGGUACGGGUAGGAGAACUGUGAUGCAUUUUUUCGAUGAGAAAGAGGAGGAUGAAUUACUGAAUGACCUCGGAGAGAAAAACUUUUCUGAUAAUGACAGUCAGGUCUCCAUUUUUAAGCGGCCAGGUCUCGGCAAGAUUGUAUUUGGAAGGAAUUUGGCUGCAGAUAUAAAUCCUGGAACUGUGUCUUCUGAGCAAGAAGUUAUAAGCUUUAAAAUGUCCAGUGAGCUCUUUCAGUAUGAAAAUGCUGAGAAGGGCGGGGAAGAUGAUGCUGAAAAUGGUGCUGAUAUCCCUUGGCAUGAGGAAGAAGUCAUUUGGGAUGAGGAGGAAACAGAGACCACGCCCCUUGAGGUAUUUCUGGCAUCACAGAUGCUGGAUGAGUUUCUUCCAGUCUUUAUGAGGGAAAAAAUUGAUUUGGAUGCCCUGAUGCUAUGUUCUGAUGAAGAUCUACAAAGCAUUCAGAUGGAGCUUGGGCCAAGAAAGAAAGUCCUGAACGCCGUGAAUAAAAGAAAACAAGCACUCAAGGACCCUGGAAAGACUGUAGAUACUUCCUUAUAA